AAGUAGCGCCUGCCGAUAAAGCGGGGAACGCCAGCUGCUAGCAAGGCCGACAGGAAAGAUGCCAGCGGCUUCUGCGGACAAGGUCAGCGCGCCGGCGCCGGCAGAAACGUCAGCAGAGUUGGAACGCUUAUGUGCUGUGGAUCAGCCACCUCCUGCUGACUUUGAAACAGCAGCCUCUCUGACAGGAUUUGGCAAAUACAACUACCUCAUACUUCUGUCAGCUAUUUGCUGUUCACUUUCUCAUCAGUUCAGCACAACUGCAAUGUCUUACCUGCUUCCGGCGGCACAUUGUGAUUUAAAUCUUAAACCAUCAGACAAAGGUCUUCUGAACGCCAUUGGUUAUGGAGGCAUGAUUACAAGUGCUUUUGCUUGGGGUUUCAUGUCGGACAUCCUUGGAAGAAGGAAGCUUUUAAUAAUUGCAUACACUCUUGAUGGAAUUUUGAGUUUCAUUGGAAGUUUUACUCAAAGUUUGCUGUUCCUGGUGUUAAUGAAAUUUCUAGGUGGCAUAAUAAUUUGUGGUCCUAUUUCUAUACAGAAAACAUUUAUAUCAGAAUUUCAUUGUGCGAAAUACAGAACAAGGGUACUGAUGGCGUCUGGACUCUUUGUAGCUCUUUCUACAAUCGUCAUUCCAGGUAUUGCGUGGGGAAUAAUUCCUCUUCCCUGGUCAUGGUCUUUCUUUGGUGGUUAUGUGACUUACAACUCUUGGAGAGUAUUUGUAGCUGUAGGCUCUAUACCGAGCUUCUUAUCAGCACUUAUAAUAUACGGAUGUGCUGAAACUCCAAAAUUUCUUAUGACAAAAGGUCGGCUGGAUGAAGCUCUUAAAGUAUUCCGCAUGAUUUACAAGUACAACACAGGAAAUGAUCCAAAAACUUUCCCUGUGCACCAACUGAAGAAGGAAACACCAUAUGAAACUGAAUCAUUAGCUAGAUCCACUUCAGCAAAUGGAAGUCCAGGCUCAGCACUGGGUGGUGGGCUGAAAGAAGCCAAACGCCUAUUCAUCAAGCCACUUCUACCAAGAGCUCUGAUGAUCUUUGUCAUUCAGUAUUCUACUUUAUUUGGUAUGAACACCAUGAGACUUUGGGCACCUCAGCUGUUUGCCUCAAUAGAAGAAUAUAAUGAGUAUCACAAGACUGAUAAUGGCAGUUUAACAUCGGCCUCUAUCUGUGACAUGAUAACAUUCACCCCACCUGAGGAUGAACUACACGACGUAGAGGAAGGAACUUGUGGCGUGGCUAUGAUUAACAGCACUGUGUAUGUGAACAACAUGACCAUUGCUGCAAUAUCUGGAUUGUUCUACAUUUUUGCUGGUUUUCUCGUAAACCUUGUCGGAAAGAAAGCUAUAAUGUUGACAGGAUAUGCUGUUGCUGCUAGCUGUUCACUGGCCAUUUACUGGUCAUAUACAUCUGGAGCAGCUUUAGCAUUCAUAUCCAUUUAUGUUUCCCUCGUUGGAGUCUGCCACAUAACAAGUUUGGCCUUUGUUGUUGAUAUAUUUCCAACAAGUCUCAGAAACAUGGCUAUGAGCCUAAAUAUAAUGUUUGGACAACUAGGCACAUUCUCAGGCAACAUGGCAUUUCCCUAUUUACUGUCUGCCAGUUGUGUAGCACCUUUUGCAGUCCUUGGAGGUAUUAUUUUGGUAAGUGCUGCUGUUGUCCUACUGCUUCCUAAUACCGAUAAGGCAGCUCUUCAGUAAUGCAGAGUCUGUGUGCCCAACAACUAUGCUCUUAAAAGAUGUCUCCGGAGCUUCCCAGGAUUGACAAAAGUUAACUAUGUGAAGAGAGGUGGUAUACAAAUACUUAAUUCAGCAGAUGUACAAUUUUAUGAGUCCUUGAGUAUUACUGUGACACUGUAAGAAAAUGUCCAGAUUUGUUAUUAUGGUACUUAUUUAAAUGGGAUUCAAAAAAUUGUGUACAAUCUCUGGAAGAACACAACAGCAGCUUCAAGAUCUGCAGAAUAUUUCUAAGAUAUACCGACAAGAAGUUAUAAAAUAGAAUAAAAUGCUGUCUCAUUUUCCAAUGACUGUGAAAAUCAUUAAUAAUUUUUCCAAUAAAUAUAUUUUUUAUUUA